ACCAUCAAGGUUUAUCAUCACCUCAAUAAUCUGAAUCCACUUCAAUCAAAGCCAAAAUCUAGAAUCUGAAUUCAGAUCUGAUCAACAAUGUCGGGCCGUGGAAAAGGAGGCAAGGGAUUGGGAAAGGGAGGAGCAAAGCGACACAGGAAGGUUCUUCGCGAUAACAUCCAAGGAAUCACCAAACCCGCCAUUAGAAGAUUGGCUCGUAGAGGAGGUGUUAAGCGUAUCAGUGGCUUGAUCUAUGAGGAGACUCGUGGAGUUCUUAAGAUAUUUCUUGAGAAUGUCAUCAGAGACGCCGUCACCUAUACCGAGCACGCUCGCCGGAAAACUGUUACUGCCAUGGAUGUGGUUUAUGCUUUGAAACGACAGGGCCGUACUCUGUAUGGUUUUGGUGGUUAGAUUUAGGGUAUAGAUUGGGAUUAGUGUAAUCAUUGUAGAUCGUAUCUGAAUACCUCCUUCGUUGUAUUCUAUUUUGAUUUUGUUGUCGGUCCUCAACUCGAGGUUAUGAAUUUAUGCUAUGAACAACUUUUUUCAUUCGACC